AUUAAGCUCAGUUGUAUAUUAUUCCAAUAAAAAUGUAAUUGUGAUGUUUAUAUUUGAAGUUUCUUUUACUGUAAUCGUGUAAUAAUAUGGCAAAGAAGCACUGAAUUCAAUAUCAGUUACCGCAGUUUCGAAAGUAUGGUUACCACUUCAAUUGGAAGAUAAUAGUUUACAUAUCGUUAUGUUUUUAUUAAUUACCUGGACUUGUCCUGCGUAUAUUUGUUAUUUCGGGCAUAUUAGAUUUCUUCAUGUUAUUAAAAGUUUCGAAACACGAAUGCUAACUGCAUCAGAUUGCGACACAGUAUCAUAUCAGUAUAACAGCAUUCAAAUGAAAGAGAGUGUUACAUGCCUGUAGCAACACUCAUUGAAAAGAACGCGCUUUCUAAAGCCCCAGAACAAAGAGAGCGGCAUGCGGAAAAAAUUCUCAAAUUUCAAAACAGAUAUUAGUCCGCACAUUCCACUGUGAAGCGCCUAUAUAAUCGUAAGAAUAUCGCAAGACCGGCAGAACUAUUUAAAACAAACAUUAAGAAGGAGAAAUGUCAGGACCGUGUUUCUCAAAUAGGGCAAUAUCGUCCAAAGGGGCGAAGAACCAGUAGAGGGCGAUGACGCACUCUCGAAAUAAUAUGAAUUAUCGCAAAAUUUGUUUCGAGUGAAAGGAUAUAAAAUAAUGCAAUAAUAACGAAUCCAAAAUGAUUUUAAUAAAGAUGGGUAUAUCUUGGAAAACUGGCAAAUAACCACUCAUAUGAAGUGUAACUGCAUCAUGGAUUAUUCCCGUGUCCGAUAUUCAUGUACUACUUGUUUAAUUGAUUUGCAAUGAAUUUGUUAGCGAUUUUACGAUUUUUUUUGUAUUGCCCAGGGGCAAUUUUUUACAUUGAAAUAGACACAAUAUAGUCAGCAAGCAGUCAAUUUAAACUGAUAAGCGCGAUAAAACAGCUAAGUGCUGCUAUCGGGUGACGUAAUAUUCCUGUUGUCUUGAACUAUAUAUAUUAAAUACAUAAUCCGGACACAAAACACAAAUUGCGCCAUAAAAAUGACGAGCCUGGUUUAGCUAUUAAUGAUCUACAGGGGUUACUAUUUAUUUUUCUCAAGUACUGUACUUAGGAAUUAUGAGGGACUGUGUUCCAAUGAAUAUUUCGCUUGUUGUGAACAUAUUCCCCACAUUUUAGGACACUGGAAGUUAAUCUUAAGCCAUAACUGUAUAAUUGCGGUGUCUUGUCCAUUAGCAAGACCAACAAGUCAAGUCUAUUUCGUUAGGUAGCAGCAGUUACCCGAUGCUAUUCAAUGCGAAGGUGAUAAUGGAAACUUCGAGGUGUGAGCCAGGGUGUAAUCAAAGAAAAUGUUGUUUAUGAUGAGUUUUUUGAAUUAUUUACGGUUGUUUCAUGAUUUCUUCUCGGCUAAGGCUCUGUACAAAAUGGUGUUUUAGGCGUAGAAGAUACUUUUUUUUUACCAAAAUCGUUCUGGUUCGACGUAUUCCACCCUACGUCUUUUAUUUCUUCACUUCGGGUAAAAACUGGCAGACUAGCGUUUAUUCCAAGUUCUGUAAGCUGCAAUGCCAAAAAUAUUGACCACCAAGCCAAAGUUGUAAAAUUAAAAUUGUGAAAAUAAAAAUUAUUUUUUUAUAUUACAAUCUAGUCUAGACCGAUUUUACAUGUUUUACUAUGAGUCAAGAGCAACAAAGUAAUUCAUGGCAACUACAUUCAUCAGGAAUGGUUUAAUAAUAUUGAUAUCGUUUUCAUUUUGCGGAAUAAUAUAUUAUCUGUAUGAAACUUCAGUCAGGGAAAGAGGACGAAAACCAAAUUUCGGUAACUAUGUGUUGAAUAGCAGUAUCGAUCUAAACAAAGUUGGGAACGAAAAUACAUCGAUCAGCUCUUCCACUGAGCUACUAUCACUCAUCCUAUGACGUCAUUCAAGCAAUUUGGUUUGGAAGAAAUAAGUUUGUUAAAGCGAAUGGAUACACAACGGCCGUUGUUUAACAUUUUAAUGGAACCUUGGAAAAUGUUGUGUACAAAUAAUACCAAAAAUCUAACAGAUUCCAGAUGGUCAAUGAUAGUUGCAGUCAAGACAGGAUACGAUAGAAUUGUACAAAGAGAUCGUAUCAGAAAAACAUGGCCUUCCAACACAUUCCUCAACGGAGUUUGUUUAUAUGUUAUUUUUGUUGUUGCAAAUACAACAACUGCAGAAGAGAACUUUAACUUGAGAAAAGAAGAAUCGGUGCAUGGCGAUAUUUUACAGGUUGAAUUGGAAGAAACUUAUCGAAACAUUGGAUUAAAAGCGCUUGCUUCGAUGCAAUGGACAGCGGAUAACUUCCCAAGUAACUGGAUAUAUUCAUCUGCAGAUGAUGAUAUGUUACCAGAUUUUCAUCGUUUAUAUGAAAAUAUUGAAAAAUUAAUGUCUGAAGAAAAGAGUUUUACGAAAAAUUCUAGCAAUCUGUUUCGUAUAAUCAGUCAAACACAGAAAAUUUACCAAUAUUUUGCGCAUUUACCUACAACUCUGUCGCAAAACCAAAACGAUUUGAAAAUAAAUGGCAGAUCAGCGUGGAAGACUAUCCGUAUGACUAUUAUCCACCGUAUUGUUCUGGCGGAUUUUAUUCAAUGUCAGUGAAACAAGCCAGCGCAAUUUACUCUGUUUCAAGAUGGUAUCCCUAUUUUCAUUUAGAUGAUGUUUGGAUAACAGGAUUUAUGAGACUUCGUUUGUGUGAUUUAAUGACGGAUCGGGAAUUCGCAUUCAAUAGGACAGAUAUCAACUGUGGGAUUUCUGCUAUGGCCGGAGGCAUAGUGAAGCACGGCGUUCAACUGAUUUAGAUUUUCAAUAUCUUCACUGUUCGGCGCACAACAUUGUUAAAAGAUGAAGAACUUAUUUGUGACUUGGAUUAGAUUGCGCUGAGAACUUUGUGUUGAAAUUUUAACAUUUGAAAAAAAAAACUUAACAAA